AGGCCCAGCUACUCGCGUCGUCGGUAGCUGGAAGCAACUGUACUGCAGACGCGCACCAAGGGUCAGGAGCGUCGCUGUUAUGCGGCUCCGCAGGGACACGGUGCGCGGACUGUGUAUGGGGACCGUCCCGCCGUUGACUGGUCUGAGACCCGACGCAUCGUCGGCCCGGCAGACCACGAGGCUAGCCAGUUGUGGCGUGCGGGUGGGAAGACGUGGCUAUGUACGUGCUCGCUAACAUCCCGUUGUUGACCCAUGCUGACCUUCGUUACAGGCCAUGUCCCGACGUCGAGGAUCCACGAUCCCGGCGAGCGCAUACAAACCCUCUUCUACCAAGCCCCAAUUGGGCACCACACAACCCGGUACGUCGGACUUGUGCGAACGGAUCCAGCCUCCGGCUCGAGGUGGCCCGCACCUCGGUGUGGGCCGCCGGAGGCACCGUACCGACGACGCCGUGCACCAGCGGAGACGGAGCAUCGCGCUCACUGUCGACGAGAUUGUGCCGGGUCAUUACGUCGAUAUGUACGGGGACGUCCCCGCCGCCGGUGUACGCCCGCUCUGUCGGACUGCCGUUGCCGGCUAGCGCAUGUCCGUACUGGGAUAGGGGCGUCGCUCAUCAUAUGAUAUGGGCGGCGCUCCUGGCGAGGGCCAGAGUGAGUGUUCGUUACGCAGUGGAUGCGAGCCGCGACUGACCCUCGUCUAGUAAGUCGCCCUCGCGAAACCUCAAGAUAUUUGCCGAACAACCCGGUCAAAUCCUCACUCGCCCCAAACGGGCUUGAUACCGCCCUGGUACGUCGUUUGUGCGCGAAAGGGUCCAGCCUCCGGUACGAGGUGGCCUGCCAAUGUUGCAGGCCGCCGGAGGCACCGUACCGCCGACGGAGAGCACCGAUGGCAGCACCGCAUAUGAUAUGCCUUGCAGUCGGCUUGCCCGUCGUUAUGGUACGGGGACGUCCAAGCCGUCAGCGCAAGCCCGCAUCGUCGGGUAGUGCUGCAGCGUGC